UGUCUCUCGUCCGUUCUCUUUCCUUCUCUGCUCUUCUCCGAUCAGAGCUGAUCUAGGACUAAAAAAUGGGAGCAUACAAGUACCUUGAGGAGCUCUUUAAAAAGAAACAGUCCGAUCUUUUGCGGUUCUUACUGCGUGUACGAUGCUGGCAAUAUCGCCAACUCAAUGCCAUCCACCGAGCAUCCCGCCCAAUGCGUCCUGACAAAGCACGUCGCCUGGGAUACAAGGCUAAGCAAGGAUAUGUUGUCUACCGUGUACGUGUAAGGCGUGGAGGACGCAAGCGCCCAGUACCUAAGGGUGCAACCUACGGAAAACCAGCCAACCAGGGAGUAAACCAACUGAAAUUUCAGAGGAGCUUGCGAUCUGUGGCCGAGGAGCGUGCUGGCCGAUACUGCGGCAGCCUGCGGGUUCUCAGCUCAUACUGGGUGGCAGAGGACUCCACAUACAAAUUCUUUGAAGUCAUCAUGGUGGACCCAUUCCACAAGGCAGUGCGGCGAGACCCAAGAAUUAACUGGAUCUGCAAACCAGUCCACAAGCACCGUGAGCUGCGUGGACUGACUGCCGCUGGCCGUAAAAACCGUGGUAUGCGCAAGGGUCACUUGUACAACAAGGUGAUCGGUAGCUCCCGGCGUGCUUGCUGGAAGAGGCGUAACAUGCUGUCCCUUCGCCGAUAUCGUUGAUUGUUUAAUAAUAAUAAAAAAACCUGCAACUGUA